UUUCCCACCAGUGUGGGGCAGCACUGUGGAUUGAGUCCCUACUGCAUGUCAUGUCUCUACUGCAGUUUGGCGCACGAAGGCUUCUCUUCACGUGGCAACUUUUGUGGCUGCUGGCCCUGGCUGUUCCCAUUCCAGAGUUCACUGGAAACCCAGUCCAGUUGACUUCAGAGCCCUGGGUGCCAACCAAGCUCUGGUCUUGGCACCCCUCUGAUCAUCCACCUAAAUCCCCACAUACUCGAGCACCCAAGACAGACACAGGGGGCAUUGAGGAUCUGGGGUCCUCUGCUUCCACAGAAGUGUUGGUCCCACUUGAGGAGUUGACUGACAGUUUACUUCCGUUCCAGGAUCCCAGUACUUCUCGGGAGCCGAACCCAGAGCCUGAGGAGCUUGCUGUUUCACAUCAGGAUCUGACCAACAAGCUGAUACCAUCUGGGAAGCAGCCAAAGAACAUUUUAAUGCUAAAGGGGGAUCAAAUUCAGGCUCCCAUUGUGCCUUCACAGUUCAGAAGUACUCCCAGUCUAUCUGAGGCUACAGAUCAUCAAUUGUAUGAAGUAAUUGUUCCACCACUAGACAGCCGGAGUUCAAAAGCAACAAAGUUCACUGUUUCACCCAAGGAGUUGAAGAAAGAUCUAGCUCAGCAUAAGAAACUUGCUAAAGUGGUUGUUGGAAAACCUCAAAAAAUCAUGGAUGAUUAUUAUGAAGACCUGAAUAUGAAUGAAACUUAUUCUUACAGCCUUCCUCUGCAAUCCCAGGAGAGUGCAGAUGAAGCGCCAGAGCUCUUAGAACAGGUUGAACCUGACCAGUUGGAGACACAAGUUCGAAAUCCAGAGAAUCCCCUUCAGGAUGCUCCAGAUUAUUUCCCACAGCCCCCUGAGGAAGAUGAGCCUUUAAUCCCAGCUCACCGUCCUCUUCCUUCUGAGGAACGACCAGUGCAUCCUGAAAUAAAUGGUCCACCUCCAAAUAGAAAUGAAGCUCAGCACUCAAACUUGCGAAAUGUCACAGUGAAUCCUGUUGAUCUUGAGACAGUGACUUCAGAGGCAGAUACGGAGGCACAAGCUACUCUGAGCCAGCCACGGACCCUAGGGCAGUUUCCAGAGAGUUCUGAGUUGUUGGAACCUUCAUCAACCCAACACGAGGCCCCAGAUGAGAUUUUAGAGCUUCCUGAAGACCUUGAAAAUUCUGGUAGCCAGCUAGAAGCUCUGGCUCCGUCUACAAAGCUCCCUGAAGAAAUCAGUCUAGUUGAGCAAGAGGCUACAGUUCCAGUUCCAGAAUCCUCUAUGCAGAGUGUAGUUGAAACUCCACUAACCACAAUUCCACAUCCCAGUCAGGAUCAAGUUCUCCAUUAUACUUCGCCCAAGAUUACAGUCAAACCUGUAGAUGUGGCAGUUACAAUAACUUCUGAACCUGGAAAGGAGAUUGAGUCAUCUCCAUAUGAGGAAGAGACUCCAACUCAGACUCCAGGUCCUCUUGUCGGAGCUGAACCUUUCCCCAGCCAGCAGCAGCAGCCAGCUGAACCUUCUGGGUAUCCUGAGGAGGUUGAAUCUUCUGGAAUUGAUUUGGAAUCUCCAAUUCAGCCUCAAGAGAAUGCAGAGGAGGUGGGGCCCUUACCAACCCAGCAGGAAGAUCUGUCUCAACAUCUGGGCCCUGUGUUGGAGGAUGAAUCUUCUCCCAGUGAACUGGAGCAGCCAGUUCAACUUUCUGAGUCUCCUGAGGAGGUAGGAUCAGGUUCCGGAAACCAGCCUGAAGCCUCAGUUCAGCCUGCGGAGGUCCCUCCAGUCGAGCAGGAGGCUCUGCUUCAAACUUCAGAGUCUCCUAUUGAGAGUGUAGGUGAAACUUCACCAUUUCACCAAGUCCAGCCAGAUCAGAGUGAAGAGCACCAUUAUCAUUUGCCACAUGUUACGGUUAGACCUGUGGAUGUGGCCCUCACCAUAACUUCAGAGCCUACCAAGGAGACUGAACCUUCUCUUGCCCAGCAGGAAUCCCCAGUGCAUCCUUUGGAGUAUGCUGAUGAGAUGGAACCCUUUCUGAAUGGGGAGAAGCCUCCAGCUCAGGCUUCUGAGCCUCCUGAGGAGAGUCAGUUUCAAAGCCAGCUGGAGGUACCAGCUCCAGCCUUUGAGUAUGCUGAAGAGUUUAAACCUUCUGCAUCUGAUCAGGAACAAGCAGCUCAGUUUCCAGAGCAUCAUGAAGUGACAGUUUUACCCCCAGGUCGCUAUCAAGCUCAGCAUUCUAGCUUGUCAAAUGUGACUGGUCAACCUCCAGAUGUGGAGAUUACCAUCACAGAAAAACCGGUAGCUGAGAUGGGAACGUCUCCUGUGUACCAUGAGGCUACAGCAUCUCCUGAAGAGGUUGAAAUGCCAAAUGAACAGGAUAUUCUGUCUCAAUCCCCAGAACCUAUUUUGUAUCAUAAACCUCUAAGCCAACAAGAAGACACAGCUGGAAUAUCACAGAUCUCUGAGGAAGGACAACCCUUUCCAGACCAGCAGGAGGCUUCAGAACAGAUUAUAGAGCAGCCUAAUGAAGAGGUAGCUCAACCUCCAGAUUAUCAUGAAGUAACAGGUCCAUCCCUGGGUCAUGGUCAAGUUCAUCCUCCAGCAUCACACAAUGCCCCAACUCAGUAUCCAACCAUCCCAACAGAGGAGCAAAAUUUUCUAGUUGGUCAAGAGGUCCCAACCCAGCCUGAAGAACUUCCUGAGGAACCUGGUCCAGAACAGAUUAUAGAGCAGCCUAGUGAAGAGGUAGCUCAACUUCCGGCUCACCAUGAAUUAACAGGUCCAUCCCUGGGUCAUGGUCAAGUUCAUCCUCCAGCAUCACACAGUGUCCCAACUCAGUAUCCAGCCACCACAACAGAGGAUCAGCAUUCUUCAGUUGGUCAAGGGGUCCCAACCCAGCUUGAAGAACUUCCUGAGGAACCUUCUCUAAGUCAGCAGGUUAGCUCAGCUUGGCCUUCAAUGACAGAUACAUAUUUUUCACCUGCAGAUCUAGAGGCAAUGUUCAGAACUGAACAUUCAAAAUCAUAUAAAGCCACCAUUAAACAUGUGGGCCCAGCACUUACCAUAACUCGAAAGCCCUCUCUGGAGAUUGGAUCAGUUCCAUUUCCACAGGAGGACCUACUAGAGCCCAUAGAUUCUACUGAGCAAGGUAAAUUUUCACAAAUCCAGACUAGUGCCCUUUCAAAGCCUCCAUAUGUCUUCGAAACUGAAUCUCCAGCCUUCCAAGAGGCCAUAGCUCAGACAACAAAGGCGCAACCUAAAGAGGUGCACCUUUCUUCAGCUCAGCAGGAAGCCUCAGAACUGCCUCCAGGUCACAGUAUGGGAAUAAGACCUUCUUUACAUCAGCAAAUGGCCGCAGACCUCCAUGAGAAUCACGCUCCCAAACCACUGAAAAAUACUGUAACUCACAUUCCAACACACAAGAUGAUAGUUCCAAGGCCAGAUAAGGAUCGAGUAGAGUCUACAUCAUCACCUAAUGGGUCAUUUCGGACUUUGGACCUAGAAGUUACUGCAACUUCAGAAAUUAUUCCAGAGGCUGAGCAUUUACCGAAGAGGACUAUAAAUCCACAGACUAAUUUUCAAGGGGAAAUUUCACACCCAACUAAAACCACAGUUCAAUCUUUGGAUCUGGAACUUGCCAUAAAUCUACAACCUACUAGUAAGGACAAACUUUCUCAAACUAUUCAGGAGACCACAAAUCAGAUGAUGGGACCACAUAAAGAGGUUGUAGCUCAAGGUCCAGAAUAUAAUGAGAUGACAAUUCCAACACCAACUGAGAAUCAAGCUGAGUAUCUAGUAUCACCCACUGCCUCAUUUCAGUCCUUAGACCUAGAACUCACCAUAAGUUCAGAGCCUACCAGAAAGCCUCACCAUCCUACAACACCCCCUAAAACAGAGCACUCUAUGGUGAUACAUCCAGAGCAUGUUCAUAUUCAACAUCCAAACCCAACUAAAGCUACAGUUCAAACUUUAGAUCUGGAACUUGCCAUAACUCCUCAACCUAUUGUUGAGGGAGAAUUUUCUCUUAGUAUGCAAGAGAACAUAACUCAGAUUACAGAGCCACCCGAAGAGGCUGUAGCUCCAGCCCCAGUGUAUCAAGAGGUCACAGUUCCAACACCAGGUCAGGCUCAAGCUGAGUAUCUAGUUUCACCCAAUGCCACAUUUCAGCCCUUGGACCUGUUACUCACCAUAACUUCAGAGCCUACUAGAGAGACUCACCAUCCUACAAUUCCAAAGCAGACAGUAAUAGUUCAUCCUCCAAAGCGCCCUCUGGUGAUACAUCCAGAACAGGUUCACACUCAGCAUCCAAACCCAAAUAAAGCUACAGUUCAAACUUUGGAUCUGGAACUUACCUUAGCUCCACAACUUAUUACUGAGGGAGAACUUUCUCAAAGUGUGCAAGGGACCACAACUCAGAUUACAGAACCACCUGAAGAGGCUGUAGCUCCAGCUCCAGUGUAUCAGGAGGUGACAGUUCCAACACCAGGUCAGGCUCAAGCUGAGUAUCUGGUUUCACCCAAUACCACGUUUCUGCCCUUGGACCCGUUACUCACCAUAACUUCAGGUACUAGAGUGGUCCACCAUCCUUUCAUUCCAAACCAGAAUAUAAUAGUUGUUUCUCCAAAGCACACACUGGCGAUGCAUCCAGAAUACAUUCACACUCGGCACCCAAACACAGCUGAAAUCACAGUUCAACCUUUGGAUAUGGAACCUACCAAAACUCCACAACCUACUCUUGAGGGAAAACUUUCUCAAACUAUGCCAGAGAGCACAAUUUAUCUUACAGAACCACCUAGAGAGAUUGUGGCUCCAGCCUCAGUGUAUCAGGAGGUGACAGUUCCAGCACCAAUUAAGGAUCAAGCUGAGUCUCCAACAGCACCUAUUGUCUCAUUUCAGCCCUUAGACCUGGAACUCACCAUAACUUCAGAGCCUACCAGAGAGCCUCACCAUCCUACAACUCCAAAGCAGACAAUAAUAGUUCAUCUUCCAAAGCGCCCUCUUGUGAAACAUCCAGAACAUGUUCAUGUUCAGCACCAGAAGCCAACUCAAGUCACAGUUCAACCUCUGGAUCUGGAACUUACUGUAUCCCAUCAAACUACUGCUGAGGAAAAACUUCCUCAAACUGUACAGAAGAGCACAACUCAAUUUACAAAACCACCUAAAGAAGUGACAGUUCCAGCACCAGGUCAAGCUCAAGUUGAGGGCUCAACAUCUCUUGUAUCAUUUCAGCCUUUGGAUCUGGGACUCACCAUAAGUUCAAAGCCUACAAGAGAGGCUCACCAUCCUACAACUCCAAAGCGCCCUCUGGUGAUACAUCCAGAACAUGUUCACACUCAGCAUCCAAACCCAGCUGAGUUCACAAUUAAAUCUUUAGAUCUGGAACUUACCAUAGCUCCACAGCUGACUGCUGAGGGAGAACUUUAUGAAAGUAUGCAAGAGACUACAACUUAUCUUACAGAACCACCUAAAGAGGCUGUAGGUCCAGCGCUAGAGUAUCAGGAGGCAACAGCUCCAACACCAACUCAGAAUCAAGUUGAGUAUCCAACCUUACCCAGUGUCUCAUUUCAGCCCUUGGAGCUUGAACUCACCUUAAGUUCAGAACCUGCUAUAGAGACUCCCUACUUUAUAACCUCCAAGAAGAUUGUAAGAGUUCAUCCUCCAAAGCACCCUCUGGUGAUACAUCCAGAACAAGUUCAUACUCAGCCUCCAAACCCAGCUGAAGUAACAGUUAAACCUUUGGAUCUGGAACUUACCUUAGCUCCACAGCUUACUGCUAAGGGAGAACUUUCUCAAAGCAUGCAAGAAAGCAUAACUCAGAUUACAGAACCUCCUAGACAGGUUGUUGUAGCUGAGUAUCCAGUUUCACCCAGUGUCACAUUUCAGCCCACAGACCUGGAACUCAUAACUUCAGAGCCUACUAGAGAGUCUCACCAUCCUACAACUCUAGAGGAGACUACAGUUCCUCCUCCAGAGUACCCUCUGGUGAUAUAUUCAGAGCCUUUUCACAAUAAGCAUUCAAAUCCACCUAAAGUCACUGUUCAGCCUUUGGAUCUAAAACGUACUGUAACUCAUCAACCUACUAAUGAGGGAGAACUUUCUCAAAGUAUGGAAGAGGGCACCAAACCACCUAAAGAGGGUAUAGCUCUAGCCCCAGAAUUUCAAGAGGUGACAGUUCCCAUACCAAUUCAGGGUCAAGCUGAGUAUCCAACACCAGCCAGGAUCUCAUUUCAGUCUCUGGACCAGGAACUCACCAUAUCUGCUCAGCCUCCUGCAGGGACUCACUAUCCUCUAGCUCUGGAGCAGACUACAGUUCAUCAUUCAGGUCACAAUGUGCUGCUAAACCCAGAACUUGUCGUUCCUAUUACAAGAACUCUAACUGAAGUCAUAGUUGAACCUGAUGAUUAUAUCCCAUCUACGGUAGGAAACAUUACUGAAAAUUUGCAGAGGACCACAGCUAAGGUUACAAAACCACCUAAAAAGGUUGUAGCUCAAACUCUAGGAUAUGCAGAAGGUGAGGUUCCAGCUCUAAUUCAGGAUCAGGCUGAGUAUCUAACACCACCAUAUCAGCCAUUAGACAUGGAACCCACUGUAACUUCAGAGUCUACUAGAGAGGCUCAUCAUUCUGCAAUUCUCAGUGAGACUAAAGGUCGUCUUCCAAUGAAUUCUCAAGUGACACUUCUAGAACAGGGUCACAUUCAGCAUCCAAGCACAACUGAAAUCCCGGUUCAUCCUUUAGAUUUGGAAGCUGCCAUAACUCAUCAACCUACUACUAGGGAAGGACUCUUUGAAACUGUGCAAAAGACCUUCUCUCAGCCUGCACAGCUACAUGAGGGGCUUGGUACCAAAGCGCCAGUGUUUGAUGAUAGUAAAGAUACAAUGCCAGGUCAUCCCAUUCAGCAUACGAUGUCACACAAAGUCCCAGUUAAACAUCUUGAUGUAGAGCAUGCUACUACUGAAGUAUCUAAGAUAGAGGGUGAACUUUCUGAAGCCCCAGAGAAUAUUACUAUUCCUCCUCCAAAUAACCCUGAAGAGACACUCCCACCUUCUGACAAGAUUCAACCUCCAAACAUAACUCACUAUUUACACUCAGAAUUUUCGGUUACUCGACAACCUAAUACAAUGGUUAAACGUUCUGCUCGUAUGAAGGACACCCCAGCUCAGACUUCAGAGAUACCUAUGGAGACUGUAGCUCAAUCUCUAGAGCAUUAUGAGAUAACACCUCUAACUUCAGUUCAUGUUGAAACUCAACAUUCAUAUUCAUCAGCUAUAGAGCCUGAGCAUUCGGAAGUCCUAGAGUCUGCGCAUCCUGAAGUCCCAGGGACUACAUCUUACCUAGAGUCUGCUCAUUCUGAAGUCCCAGACACUAUAUUUUAUCCAGAACCUUCACAUUCUGAAGUUGCAGAGACUACAUUUUAUACAGAGUCUGCCCGUUCUGAAGUCCCAAAGACUACAGCUGCUCCUACAGAGCCUUUGGAUUGUAGAGUCUCCAACACUGCAGCUGUUUCUCCAGAGUCUGCCCAUUCUGAAGUCCCAGCUACUACAGCUGCUCCUACAGAGGAUGCAGAUUGUAGAGUCGCAACAAUUAUCGCUGUGUUUUCAGAGUCUCUACAUUCUGAAAUCCCAACAACUACAGCUGCUUCUAAAGAGGCUGCAGAUGUUGGAGUCUCAACAAUUGCAGCUGUUUCUCCAGAGGUUGCACAUCUUAAAGUCCCAACAACUACAGCUGCUACUCCAAAGUCCCCUGAAAUGACACCUCUACCUCCAGAUCUGGCUGAGAAACAGUAUCCACGCCCAGCUGAAGUCACAGUUACAUUUUCCAAAGUGAAACUUACCUCAACUCCAUAUCCUGAAAGUUCUAGUACAGAACAAGAUUUAGCUAUGGAACAAAAUGCCUACUUGUACACCGACAUCUGUGACUUCUGCUUGUGUGAAAAUGAGACACUGUUGUGCAUUCAUCUCAGCCCAGUGCGGAGACUCCAGCAAGUGCCUGUGCCAAAGCCCGACACCUACAAUGACACUUUUGCUAUCUUGAAUUUCCAAGGAAAUGAUAUUUCUUACAUUGACAAAAAUGUUUGGAAAGCAUACCGUUGGGCUGAGAAACUAAUUAUCAGUGAAAAUCACCUGACUGAAUUACAUAAGGAUACAUUUGAAGGCCUGCUGUCCCUCCAGGUUUUGGAUUUAUCCUGCAAUAAAAUACGCUAUAUUGAAAGAGGGACAUUUGAAUCAUUACCUUUUUUGAAGUAUAUGAACCUUGGGUGCAAUUUACUCACUGAACUGAGCUUUGGAACAUUUCAAGCAUGGCAUGGAAUGCAGUUUUUACAGAAGUUGAUUCUCAGCCGUAAUCCUCUCACAAUUGUUGAAGAUCCCUACUUUUUUAAAUUGCCAGCAGUAAAAUAUCUAGACCUGGGAACAACGCAAGUGCAACUGACGACGCUUGAGAACAUCCUCAUGAUGACUCUGCAGUUGGAACAUCUGAUCUUACCUAAACACAUGGUCUGCUGCCUCUGCAAAUAUAAAACUGAUAUUGAGAUUGUCUGCAAGACAGUCAAAGUGCAUUGUCAUAGUGGAUGUCUGAUAAACACCACACAUUGUCUUGAAGAAGCAUCUAUAGGGAACCCAGAAGGACCUUUCAUGAAGGUGUUGCAGACCCGGAAGGAGAACACCACCAUGGAACUCAUUAUUGAACCAGAGAAGGGCUAUUCAGACAAAGAAAAUGCCAAUUACUCCAGCUCCAUGGAAGAAGAGAUCAACUUUAGUGAUGAAAAUGAUGUUAUGAGUGCACUAAAUUACAUAUUGCCAUAUUUCUCUGAGGGAAAUCUGGAAGAUGUAGUAUCAACAAUGUUACCAUACAUUAAACUGCUGUUUUCUCAUGAACAAGAUUCAGAUAAUUCCUUGGGAUCUGUGCAGAAUGAUACAGAAAGUCUUCCUCUUAAAAAUGAAUCCGAGUCCGGUAACUUCACUUACAAAAAUAAAUUGAAUAAACUUUAUUUUCUAGAAAAUUUGUUAGAUGCAGAAAUUAAUGAGGUUAAAAAGGAAGGGAAAACUGUUGUACAGAAGGAGAAGUAUAAUAAUUUAGGUAAAAAAUUUAAGCGAGAAAUAUUUGAAAAGAGAUGGGAACCUGCCCAGGCAGAGGAAAGCAGUCUUGAGAUUGAGAAGGCAGAGAAAAGGCUCCACAGGAUGAACAGAGUGCUCAAGGGGACAGGAAGCAUACAGAAAAGGCAUUUCAAGGACGUGAGUGCCAAGAGCCUGUGGAGCAAGCAGAGUGACCACGCACCUGUGGAGAACAUCGCCAAAGACGGGCAGCUCAGGAGCCCACCCACAACAGAGCUGCAGCAGCUCCAUCUGGGGCAGAAGCCCAGGAAGUCAGUGGGAAGUUCCUUCCACUCAGAGCCCUUGCUCCCAAAGGAACACAGGGAGGCAGUGUCUUCUUCCCCAGAACCGUCCCUGGUGGACGAGGCUCCCACUACAAAGUCUCUACCUGAGUUUAUAGACAGACGAAAAGACUUGUCUUACACCAUUUAUGUUUUAGAAAGUGCAAAUGCCAAUGUGAAAAGAACGAAGGGGUCUAAUCCUAAUUUACAGUCUGAAGAGAGACAUCGAAACCUUAGGAAGAAAAAAUCUCAUUUCCAGUUGAUUGCAAAGAAACCAGCAUCCUCUGUAGUGAGGAGCCUGGUAAAUUCCCCUGCUGGAGGGGUCUUUUCAUCUUUAGGAGACCUGAGUUAUACAGAAAAGCCUAUUUCAGAAGUAUAUGCUGCUUUAGAACCUUCUACAGAAAAACCGCUCGAAGAAAAUCAGGCUGCAACAGAUAAUACUGAAGAAAACAUCCUCGAACCAACCGCCAUGAUGCCUGAAGAAGCUGCAUCAGAAAACGUACCCUCUGAGAAUCCUGUUGUAUAUUCUAAUGUGCCUACAUCCUAUGUAAUUCCAACAGUUAAGCAAAUCAGUGAGCCACAUUUAGAAUUCAUCUUGGGGUCUCAGAAACAUUCCCAUUUCAAAGAAUAUGAGUACCCAUUGGUGAUGUCACCAGGUGAACACUUUGAAUCUCAUCUAAACAAGCAGCUGCAGCCCCUCAUCCCCAACAAUGACGUGAGGAAGCUUAUUUCUCAUGUUAUCAGGACUUUGAAGAUGGACUGCACUGACACCGAAGUGCAACUGUCCUGUGCCAAGCUCAUCUCCAGAACAGGGCUCCUGAUGAAGCUUCUCAGUGAGCAACAAGAAUUCAAGUUUUCCAGGACCGAAUGGGAUACAGAGCAGUGGAAAAAUGAGAACUACCUCAAUGAGACCUCAGAAUCCCACCUGGAACCAAGUCAGCGUGCAAAACAAGUUCCAGGAUUCAGCUAUAACAACAAAGUCAUCUUGGCAGUAUCUGUAACUGGAGUCGUGACAGUUUUGAUUAUCAUUUUCUGUCUCAUUGAGGUUUAUUCACACAGAACAAAAGAGGGAGAUGAAGAAAAGUCCACAGGGAGUAAGAAAUCCUACAAGGACAGUAAGAGUCAGGAAGGAUUUGCCUGGUUAAGGUGGCCACAGUGGCUUACAAAUAUAUUCAAAUGUGACACAGAGAAGAAAAGCGGGACUGAGGAUCUGCAGUCCAAGGAGUUCUCCACAGAGGAGGAGAUCACCAUUCAUGACAUAUCUUGGGGGACCAAGGAAGAAAUCACACCCGUCCCAAAAUCGUCAGCCACUGAAGCAGAAGAGAGUGAAGGAGCCGAGGAUGCUGAAGUUACAGAAUGAUCUGCUAUCCUUUAUUAAUAAAUUAUUUUUUGUAGA